UGCGUUUGUGCCAUUUUCUCAAACGCGUUCCGUCAGUCGUGCGCGCUCUUGUACUGCCCGGGCCGCCGUACUUCGCCUCGCUCUCGCUCUCAGUUGGUCCCACAGUGAAGAUGGCGGAAGCUCCACCGCGGCCCGGACGCUUCUUCUGUCAUCAGUGUUCGGCUGAGAUCAGCCCUCGUCUCCCGGAUUAUAUUUGCCCGCGCUGUGAGUCUGGAUUUAUCGAGGAGUUACCAGAGGAGGGAAGAUCGGAGAAUGGUUCGACCUCGACUGCCUCCAAUGAUCAGAACCGUCCCCCGUUUGAGAAUGUGGACCAACACUUGUUUACAUUCCCACACGGGUACGGGCAGAUUGCUUUGGGGAUCUUCGACGAGGGCUUCGACUUCAGGGCAGGUUUGCCGGCGGAGGACAACCGUGACGCAGAGAACCGCAGAGAGCGGGAAAUGGCGUCGAGACAGCGGUACGGGGCAAGGCAACCGAGAGGACGCCACAUUCCCCGGAGACAGGGCGCACGGCACGAGGGUGUGCCAACAUUAGAGGGAAUAAUUCAGCAGUUAGUCAAUGGGAUCAUCGCUCCAACAGCUAUGCCAAACAUGGGGAUGGGGCCAUGGGGAAUGCUGCACUCGAACCCGAUGGACUAUGCAUGGGGUGCCAAUGGAUUAGAUGCCAUCAUAACACAGUUAUUAAAUCAGUUUGAAAACACGGGUCCACCACCAGCAGAUAAAGAGAAGAUUAAGAGUCUCCCUACAGUUUACAUCACAGAGGAGCACGUGGGUGCUGGUUUAGAGUGUCCUGUGUGUAAAGAAGACUACAGUACAGGAGAGAGCGUCAGACAGCUUCCCUGCAAUCAUCUCUUUCAUAAUGACUGUAUAGUUCCCUGGCUGGAACAGCAUGACACGUGUCCGGUCUGCAGGAAGAGUUUGAGCGGGCAGAACACAGCCACGGAUCCGCCCGGCCUAUCAGGGAUGAACUUCUCUCCCUCUUCCUCCUCCUCCUCCUCCUCCAAUUCUCCAAGCAAUGAGAACGCCACCAACAACUCGGCAAUUUUAGAUUUAGGUCGUCCCCAAAUCCUCAUUACGGUAAGGAGGGAGAAGGAAUAUUAUUUCAAAUGAUAAACAUUUAUACAUGAUGGUAGGAUUCGUGGUACUGCCUGUCAAUGUAUGAAGAUUAACAUUUUGACCUCUUUUCUGUUGAUUUUGGGAUAAAAUGUGACCUGUUUUGUGAGAUGCAUCCAAAUAGUCAUAUUUAUUGAAAAACAUUAAAAAACGAUUGAGUUGUCUUCUUGUGAAAAGCCAACUGAUCUAAGAAUAUCAACUCGAAGAGUAUAUCUUUCUCUCCCCAAUAAUUAUUUGCACAGUAUUGUUUUGUGAUGAUUAUUAGAACAAAACAGAUACGUGUGAAUGUCUAUGGCAACAUGAUUUUCCACAUUAAGUAUCAUCCUCAAAACAGAGAAAAAUAUAUGUUCACUAUUCCAACCUGCAUCAUUUGAACUUUUGUCCAGAUGGCCGUGAUAACACAACAAAAUCUCUCCCUCCCUUUUGCUCUUUCUCUCUUCUCACUCUCAGUCCUCUCUCGCUCUUCCACACAUUCAGUGACUUUUAUUUCAAGGCAACUUUUUUUUAACUUAUUUAAAGUUGAUGAUUUGUUUUGUAAAUCAUAAUAAAGGAGGAGAAGAAGAAUGUACCUCUGCUGAUGAUGAAACAUUUCAUAAAGUCUGUCUCCACAGAUGACAAACACA